ACAACUCGGAACAACGUCAGGGUGGUUCCUGAAAAAAAGUCUCAAAACAUAACGACUUCACCUCUGAAUUCUUAAACCUGAAGAAAUCUCGCGAGCACGAGCGCGAGAGCCAGUGCAGCAAGCCACCGCCACCGCCACCUUCUCCCCGCGCGCCGCAGCUCUAAAUCUAACCCACGCCCAGCUCGAGAAAGCGAUCGGGGACCGGCGUCGGGUUGUGGGAUCCCGAGGGCGCAGAGGCUCGCCGCGAUGGAUCCGGCCGGCGACAACGGCGGCGUGUGGAUCCGCGCGGCGGUGGCCGUCGCGGCGGGCGGCGCGAUUGCGGCGCGCGCGGUCCGGCGCAAGUCCGUGGACUUCACCGCCGUCUUCGCCGGCGUCCCGGCCAUGGUGGCCCACACCGUCGCCGGGUACAGGUUCGCGGGGCUGCUGCUGGUGUUCUUCUUCACGGCGUCGCGGGUGACGAGGGCCGGCGAGGCGAGGAAGCGCGCGCUUGAUCCCGAGUUCAAGGAGGGCGGCCAGCGCAACUGGAAGCAAGUCUUGUCAAACAGUGGUAUCGCAAGUAUCUUGGUAGUUCUGAUUACCCUAGUUACUGGAGGUAAAGACAAAUGCUUGGAUUCAAAAGAUUCGGGUCUUGUAACCGCCCUUAUCGGUGGUGUUAUUGGACAUUACUCUUGCUGCAAUGGUGAUACAUGGUCUUCCGAGCUUGGCAUACUUAGCAAAUCUGAACCACGAAUUAUCACAACACUCAAGAGAGUGCGGAAGGGGACCAAUGGCGGGGUAACCAUCGAUGGCCUUCUCGCAGCAGCAGCAGCCGGAUGCUCGAUUGGGUUUGCAUUUGUGCUAAUAGGAUUCUUAACAACUCAGUGUGCUUCUGAUGUAUUUUGGAGGCAAUUGCUAGUUAUACCCUUAGCUACAGCUGCUGGCCUAUGUGGAAGUCUGAUCGAUUCAUUUCUGGGCGCGACGGUUCAGUACAGCGGGUACUGCAGUGUUCGCAAAAAGGUGGUUGGAGUUGAUGGUCCAACGGUAAAGAGAAUUUCUGGAAUGAACAUACUGGACAACAACGGCGUCAAUGUAGUGUCUAUCUUCUUGACAAGUCUGCUUACUGCCUUGGUGUGCACGUGCAUUUUCUGAGGCCUAGUUGGGUAGUAGUGGUAGCACCAGAUCACAGACGAUAACUAGGAACACGAUUGAUAAAUUAGAGCAUGGAAUCUUGAAUGCAUUGUUCAUUUAUAUAUGAUCGGCAAUAUUAGUGAUUCUUGAUCUAUAUUUCACACCAGGUAUAGACUUUUUGGUAUAUAAACUUUCAGUUGUAGUUCUCCCAGUCAGAUGUAACACCAAAUGUUUGGAUAGAGAAGUGUUUGUAUCGGAAUAUUGUUUCGCUGAAACUAUUUAUAUGUAUAGGCCAUCUGAUUAGUUUA